UCCACGACAAGACAACCCACCACUCCACGUGUCACUCUCUCUCUAUCUUCUCGUCGCUUUCAAGAACCGAAUACAAGUUCCACCAACACCAUCACCUACACCAACAAUCCCAAUAACAAAUGCCCGAAACCAAAAAAUCCCAUUUCAACUUCACUCUUUUUAUACACCCUUAUUUCUAAACCCCAAUUCAUUCUCCAAACUUCUGAUUCUUUUAUUUCUGGUUUUUUCUGGGUUUCAUUUCUCUUCUUUACUUGGAGAUGUACGUGGGUUCCAUGCGAAAGUCGUUUAAGGAUUCUCUUAAAGUUCUUGAAGCCGAUAUUCAACAUGCUAAUACUCUGGCAUCAGAUUUUCCGAGGGAGUAUGAUGGUGCCUGCCUUCAGAUGAGAAUGUCAUACAGUCCAGCUGCACACUUGUUCCUGUUUUUAGUGCAGUGGACAGACUGCAACCUAGCUGGAGCCCUUGGACUGUUAAGAAUACUAAUUUACAAGGUUUAUGUAGAUGGAACAACCACCAUGUCUACUCAUGAAAGAAAAGCAAGCAUUAGAGAGUUCUAUGCGGUAAUUUAUCCCUCUAUAUUGCAACUUCAAAGAGGUGUUACGGAUACCGAAGAUAAGAAGCAGAAGGCUGUGUGCAUGGAAAGAUACCGAAGAAGAGAUGAGGAGGAUUACAGGCAACAUACAGAUGUAGACAUUGAAAGAGAAGAAGAGUGUGGAAUAUGCAUGGAGAUGAAUAGUAAGAUUGUGUUGCCCAACUGCAAUCAUGCCAUGUGCUUGAAAUGUUACCGUGAAUGGCGAACAAGGUCGCAGUCAUGCCCCUUUUGUCGUGACAGUCUGAGGCGAGUGAACUCUUGUGAUCUCUGGGUAUAUACAGAUGGCAGGGACAUAAUCGAUAUGGCAACGGUGACCAGGGAGAAUCUUAGAAGGCUCUUCAUGUAUAUUGACAAGUUGCCACUGAUUGUUCCUGAUCACCUUUUUGAUGCUUACGAUUCCCACCUAAGAUAGCCGAUGAUGAUAAGUACAUUCUCUUGCCCUUGAAUGAGUAAUUUCCUCCCAUUUCAUUUUAGUUACAUAAGGACCGAAAUUCAUUCGGCAAAAUGUAGGUAACAAAGAGCAACAGUGACUUUCUUCCCGCUUCUGUUAAGAAGAACCCAGCCUGAGAUAUUGUAACGCUGGUGGGUGAAGUUGAGAUAGUUUAUUUAGGAAAGUGGUUGAUAAAAAAAUUGUAUUUAGCGCAUUUGUACAUGAUUGUAUAGGUUGAAGUUCUCUUACGAAAAGCUUUUCAACUUGCUC